UCAUCUGCAGCAGCUUAAGAGUACGCUUCCCUAUGACAUUCCAGGAAGCAAUAGGCAGUGACAGGAAAAUAAGCAAGUCCCUUCACUAAUCCCCUAUCCUAUUUUAUCUGACGGACUGAGCCGCAUCUAAAGCAUCACUCUGUGACUGAAAGCAGAAGACACUUAACAAAAUGUGACCCAUUACUGCCUGCGGAUCUCGACCUGUGCACUGAGGUGGAACCUAUGGUUAGUUCACCAUGUGUAUUUUGCUGGUCAUCUUUGGUUGCCUAGUGUUUGGAGGCCUUCCUUUCUUCUGCUUCUCCUGUCCAUCACAAUGCAGCUGCAAUUUUCACUCACUCGGCGAUGGAUCAAAAUCCAGGGCAGUGCUUUGUAAUGAUCCGGAGAUGACUCUAACACCAGUGAAUAUUCCAACAGACACGUUUAAACUUCGUAUUGAAAAGACAGCUAUCAGGCGUGUGCAAGGAGAUGCUUUCCAUCUACUCUCCAACCUUGAGUUUCUCUGGAUGCCCUAUAAUUCAAUUUUAAGCCUGAGUGUGGUGACAUUGCGAGGCCUGCGCAAGUUGCAAGAACUUAGAUUGGAUGGCAAUGACCUCACAUCUUUUCCAUGGGAAGCCCUAGCCAGCACACCCCGAUUAAGACUGCUAGACUUGCACAACAAUGAACUGUCAUCAAUACCUAAAGAUGCUGCACGUUUCAUAAAGAACAUUACUUACCUGGAUCUGUCAAGUAAUAAAUUAGUUACACUCCCUCAGGAACUCAUUGCAUCCUGGCUAAAUCUCCACUCUGCAUCAUAUUUUUCUAGUGAUCACUCUACAUUAAUCCUUGGUUUGCAAGAUAAUCCUUGGUUGUGUGACUGCAGUCUGUAUGAAAUGGUUCAUUUCCUCAACUUCCCAUCUCCAGCUGUAGCAUUUAUAGAACCGCGCCUGAAGUGUUACUUACCACGCAGCCUUGCGGGUGUACAAUUUAGUCAGGUGGAACUGCGAAAGUGUCAGAGCCCUGUUAUUCACACGUCUGUGGCAAAACUCAAGACAGUCUUUGGUAGUACUGUUCUGCUACGGUGUGGUACUAUGGGAAUUCCAAUACCUGAACUGAGCUGGAGAAGAGCUGAUGGCAAUCAAAUUAACGGAUCAGUUCACCAGGAAAUAUCUAGUGAUGGAAUGAGUUGGUCCAUGUUAAAUUUGCCCAAUGUUGCUUACAAAGAUUCCGGAGAAUAUAUCUGCAAGGCUAAAAAUAUUCUGGGAAUGACUGAGGCGUUUAUUUCCGUUUUUGUCACUGACUCCAACACAACUGAUGAGCCUAAUGACAGCGGCAAAUAUUUAUCUGCAGAAGGGAACAACGGUGUGCAGAAUUUCAAAUUUAGUGGUCCCCAAAUUCAAGACAGUAACGUGCAGAAUAUGAAUCCCAAUUCAGUCAUAAGACCAGACACCAAGGACUCCAGCAACAUUUUACUGAGCUCUCCCACAAAGCAGCCAGAGACUGAGCGAUUGGUAAGAGGUGUUAAAGUUAUUGGUGAUACUGACCACAGUGUGUCUCUUGCAUGGAAAGCUCCCCUUGCUAAAAAUGUAACAGUAUUUAGUGUUUUAUAUGCAAUAUUUGGAGAGAGGGACAUGCGGAGGAUCAACGUGGAACCCGGCAAAACCAAAAUUACAAUAGAUGGUCUGAUACCACAGACAAAAUACAUUGCAUGUGUUAGUGUGAAAGGGCUGAUCCCCAAAAAGGAACAAUGUGUUAUCUUUUCUACUGAUGAAGCUGUUAGUGCUGGUGGCACACAGAAACUGAUAAAUGUUGUGGUAAUUAGUGUGGCCUGUGUUAUUGCUGUCCCACUAACACUGGUGGUCUGCUGUGGAGCUUUGAAGCGACGGUGCAAAAAGGUAUUGGUCCGAAAAUCUAAAGACCUUCAGGAUUCCUAUGUGACAUUUGAGAGUCUUUCCACCAGCAAUAAAGCAAAGACAGCUGAAGGGGAAUACUUGACUAGACAUAAUCCAGAUGAAUCAAAUAGACUGCUCUCUGCACGAUCAAGUGUAGAUUCUGAAGCCAUUCCAAAAACUGAUGGACAGCCAAAUGAAUUCUUUUGCUGAUGGCAUUUAUAGCACUUU